GCGAUGUCCGGGGCGGAGGAGCGAGAGGCCGGCGGGGGCCCGGCCGCCCCCUCCGCCCCUUCCGCUUCUUUACCGGGUCCGGCGGCGGCGGCGGCGGCUCCGGGGGACGUCGGAGGAGGCGGAGUUGUCGGGGGAGGACUCGAAGAAGCGGGGUCGUUGCUCGGCGGGGCCCGGCCCCACGCUGAGGCCGGAGCCGAUCCGGACGCGCCGCCCAAGAAGAGGCUGAAGGGGGCGGCCGGGAGCGGAAGCGGGGCGGCCGAGGCGGGGGCCGGGAGCGUGAAGCUGGAGGAGCGCCUUUACUCCGUGCUCUGCUGCACCGUCUGCCUCGACCUGCCCAAGGCCUCGGUCUAUCAGUGCACCAACGGGCACCUGAUGUGCGCCGGGUGCUUCAUCCACCUGCUGGCGGACGCUCGGCUCAAGGAGGAGCAGGCGACGUGUCCCAACUGCCGCUGCGAGAUCAGCAAGAGCCUGUGCUGCAGGAACCUGGCCGUGGAGAAGGCCGUGAGCGAGCUGCCCUCCGAGUGCGCCUUCUGCACCCGCCAGUUCCCCCGCUCCCUGCUCGACCGGCACCAGAAGGACGAGUGUCAGGAUAGGGUGACCCAGUGCAAGUACAAGCGCAUCGGCUGCCCCUGGCAGGGCCCUUACCACGAGCUGACGGUGCACGAGGCCGAGUGCACGCACCCCACGAAGACCGGGAACGAGCUCAUGGACAUCCUGGAUGAGAUGGACCAGACGCGCAAGAAGGAGAUGCAGCUCUACAACAGCAUCUUCAACCUGCUCAGCUUCGAGAAGAUCGGCUACACAGAGGUCCAGUUCCGCCCGUACCGCACCGACGACUUCAUCACGCGCCUCUACUACGAGACGCCGCGCUUGACCGUGCUCAACCAGACGUGGGUGCUGAAGGCGCGCGUCAACGACUCCGAGCGCAACCCCAACCUCUCGUGCAAGCGCACGCUCUCCUUCCAGCUCAUCCUCAAGAGCAAGAUCAACUCGCCCAUGGAGUGCUCCUUCCUGCUGCUCGAGGGGCCCUACGACGACGUCAAGAUCCGGCCCGUCAUCUACCACUUCGUCUUCAGCAACGAGAGCAACGAGACGGAUUACAUGGCGCUGCCCAUCGUCGACUCGGUGGAGUGCAACAAACUGCUGGCGGCCAAGAACAUCAACCUGAGGCUUUUUAUAUUUCAGAUCCAGAAGUGAGACUGGGGA